UCUCCAUGGACGAAAGACACCGGCCUCCGCCUCACUCGCAUAGGCAGCAUCGCAAAAAGAUGAAAAAAGUUAAAAACUUUGUUGCGGAAUGCCAAAUUCCCAGCUCGAAUAAUUGCACGCAGAAAAGCAUAAUCCAUUUCGAAAUGGAAAACACAGAAAAUAAACAACAGAAACAGGAAAAGUAAAGGCUUUUCGUUUUUUUUUUUUCAAAUAAUUCCAUUGGAAUAAUCGCAUUUUCUCGUUAGAUUUGGAGGAAGAAGAAAAUAAACAGCUUCUCUCUGUAAGAAUAAUGGAGUCAAAAGCGAGGAGAAGAAUUCCUACAGAGAAUGGGGAUACUGGUGAGGACUUGGUUCUUGCUACAUUGAUUGGGAAUGGAGAUGACCUCGGUCCUAUUGUCCGGCAUGCAUUUGAGAUGGGGAGGCCAGAAUCACUCCUCCACCAGCUCAAGCAUGUUGUAAAAAAGAAGGAAGUCGAAAUUGAGGAGCUCUGCAAGACUCAUUAUGAGGAAUUCAUUCUUGCAGUUGAUGAGCUUCGUGGUGUGUUGGUUGACGCCGAAGAGCUCAAAGGCCAGCUCUCUAGUGAUAAUUUCAAGUUGCAAGAGGUCGGGAGCGCUUUGCUGAUUAAACUCGAGGAGCUUCUUGAAUCUUAUUCAAUAAAAAAGAAUGUGACGGAAGCUAUCAAAAUGUCCAAGAACUGUGUACAGGUGUUGGAGCUCUGUGUUAAGUUUAAUAAACACAUUUCCGAAGGCCAGUUUUACCCGGCAUUGAAGACUUUGGAUUUGAUUGAGAAAAAUUACUUGCAGAAUAUUCCUGUUAGGACACUAAGAAUGGUCAUAGAGAAGAGAAUUCCGAUCAUUAAAUUGCACAUUGAGAAGAAAGUAACCAGUCAAUUCAAUGAAUGGCUGGUUCACAUAAGGAGUUCUGCAAAGGAUAUUGGACAAACCGCAAUAGGCCAUGCUGCAUCUGCCCGUCAGAAGGCUGAGGAAAUUCUCGAACUCCAAAGGGUAGUUGAGGAGCAGAAUAUUUCGGGGCUGGGAGAUUUCGCAUAUACUUUAGAUGUUGAAGAGAUUGUUGAAGAAUCUAUUUUGAAGGUUGAUUUGACUCCUCUAUACAGGGCAUAUCACAUCCAAAGUUGCCUUGGAAUCCAAGAGCAGUUUUGGGAAUAUUACUACAGAAAUCGAUUGUUGCAGCUUAAUUCGGACUUGCAGAUCUCUUCAGCACAGCCUUUUGUUGAAUCCUACCAAACUUUUUUGGCUCAAAUUGCUGGAUACUUCAUAGUGGAGGAUCGUGUAUUGAGGACUGCUGGGGGCCUGCUGUUAGCCGAGCAAGUUGAAACAAUGUGGGACACAGCUUUAGCGAAAAUGAAAUCUCUGGUAGAGGAACAAUUCUCCCUUAUGAAUUCUGCAACCCAUCUUCUUUUGGUAAAGGAUUAUGUGACUCUUCUUGGCUCUACUCUUAGACAAUAUGGAUAUGAAGUGGGACCACUUCUUGAGACGCUUGACAAGAGCCGAAAGAAAUACCACGAGCUUCUUUCAGAAGAGUGUCGGAAACAAAUCGCAAAUGUUAUUGCCAAUGAUACCUAUGAGCAGAUGGUCUUGAAAAAGGACACUGACUACGAAAGUAAUGUCCUGUCAUUCAAUCUCCAGACAUCAGAUAUAAUACCGGCUUUUCCAUAUAUUGCACCAUUCUCCUCUGCAGUACCUGAUACCUGCCGAAUUGUCAGAUCAUUCAUCAAAGGGUCUGUUGAUUACUUGUCUCAUGGGGCACAUACUAAUUAUUAUGAUGUUGUGAGGAAGUAUCUGGACAAACUCUUGAUUGAUGUGUUAAAUGAGGUGAUACUUAAUACAAUUCAAAGCGGUAACAUUGGUGUCUCUCAAGCGAUGCAGAUUGCUGCAAACAUAUCGGUACUUGAAAGAGCUUGUGACUAUUUUCUUCGUCAUGCAGCCCAACUAUGUCGGAUCCCAAUCCGUUCAGUUGAGAGGCCUCAAGCUAGUUUAACUGCUAAGGUGGUUCUAAAGACUUCAAGGGAUGAAGCUUAUCUUGCUUUGCUGAAGUUUGUAAACACUAAGUUGGAUGAGUUCAUGGCACUUACAGAGAAUAUCAAUUGGACUAUGGAGGAAAUGCCACAGAAUGGAAAUGAGUGUAUAAAUGAAGUUGUUAUUUACCUCGACACUCUUAUGUCGACAGCACAACAAAUUUUACCUUUGGAUGCUUUAUACAAGGUCGGAAGUGGGGCUCUCGAACACAUUUCUAACACUAUAGUGUCGACUUUUCUAAGUGAUAGCGUCAAGAGGUUCAAUGCUAAUGCAGUUAUGGGUAUCAACUACGAUUUGAAGAUGUUGGAGAAUUUUGCAGACGAGAGGUUUCACAGUACCGGCUUGAGCGAAAUUUACAAAGAAGGUAGUUUUAGAGGUUGCUUGAUAGAAGCACGACAACUGAUAAACCUUUUGUCAAGCAGUCAGCCAGAGAACUUCAUGAAUCCCGUGAUAAGGGAGAAAAACUACAAUGCUUUGGAUUAUAAAAAGGUGGCUAGUAUCUGCGAGAAAUUCAAGGAUUCUGCUGAUGGUAUUUUUGGGAGCCUUUCAAACAGGAAUACCAAGCAAAGUGCUCGUAAGAAAUCAAUUGAUACGCUUAAGAAAAGAUUGAAGGACUUCAACUGAGGCUUGAUAAACCUUUCUCCAUUCUGCAUUAGAACAAAGAGAUUUCUUUUUCAUUGAUUAUUAAUAUAAUUUUUCCCAGUGCUCUCUUUUGUUUCUGUUUAGAAUGAAUGGGAUUUUUCUAAUAUUUCUUGCCAAGUUAUGUUCGUAUAAUAACGUUCACUUGUUCCAGUUA